UGUUACUUAAAAAAAAAUUGUAGAAAGCAGAGUUUCCAAUACGCAAGCAUACAUAAAUGGUUUCUACUUUCUUAGAUAUACAAUCAUGGUGGGAGAUACCGUGUAUUUCGCAUUUCUGUUCAUUGUUUAGUUCUGCAUUAAAUUUGCCCGAUAUUGACAUAGAGGAUCUUGAAUCGGCGCUGCUAUCCGAUGGUACCAGCGAGGAGGAUCAGGUUGCCUUAGUGCCCGAGUUAAUUGUCCGACUGCUGACAGGCUGCGAUGCGCUACAGUCAGUAGCCAAGGAGAUCACACACAGUAACUAUCAGAUGUUCUUGCGUCGUUUUCUGCGACAACAGUGCCGGGAACAUCAUACAGAGAAUCAUUUUGAUACAGACAUAGACUUUCAAUCAUUGCCGGUGCGAAAGCGUCUGCAAAUUCUGUACGAUCUGUGCCAUUUUCGUCUGGACUCUGUCGAUGUACAGGUCAUACUCAGCAAUCUAGCAGCGGAUAGUUUACGUGUCGAGCCACUGGGCUACGAUUCUAAAAAUUCCGGCUAUUGGUACUUUUACGGUACACGUCUCUAUCGCGAAGACACCAUCACAGCAGCUGCUUCGGGUUCAGCCAAGGCAGCAGCGGCAGUGGCCAGUGGCCUAGGCGCCAUUGGUAAAACAAAUAUUGGCAGUAACGGGACCAUCUGGCAGGUGAUUUGCUUUUCAGAAGAGGAUUGGCAGCAUCUAGCGGCUAAGUUUAAGAAGUCCACGGAUGCUAAGGAACUCGCACUAUUUAAAAUACUUGAUGACAACUUUCUGCCCAAGUUACCUCAGUUGUUUAGAGAGCGUGAGCGUCUAAGACGUAGAAAGCUUAUACAGGUGCGAAAUUCUAGCCGCUUGCGUCAUCUGACCGAAUUGAAGGAAUUGAAGGAACGGGAGCGCCAGAAGCGUGAGCGUGAGCUCGAACUCGACCGUGAGCGUGAACGUGAACUUGAGCGGGAACGCGAACGCGAAAAGCGCCGUGCGCGUCAAUUCGCAAGGCACUUCCAAUAUCCACCAACAUCAACCACAUCAUCAUCACAACAACGUUUACGCAGAGGCUCGCAGUCGACAUCAACAGCUAGCGGUAUUUCCACUUAUGCAAGCUCUGUCAGACCUACAACAACAACUAAUUCGAGCGAAUUUCUGUGCCACAGGGAAACCUUUUGUCUCACGCCCGACGAAGAAGAUGAGCAGCUAUCAACAGAGCAGCAAGAAGCAGAACAGCAGCCGCAGCAGCUAUUACAAGAAGAUCACGAGCAACAACAGCAACAAGAACAAUUAGUUGCUGAAUCAGCAGCUUCUGAAAAAGUUGAAGAGCAGCCAGAAGAAAUAUCGCCAUCCGCAGCGGAACUCAAAAGCAAAAGUCAUCAUCACCAUCAUCAUCAUAAAAAGAAAAAAUCAGGCAGAAAGCAAAAGAAACGUUCCCGCGUGCAUCGAGAUCGGGAACGACAUCAUCGGAGACGACAUAAGCAUGCGUCUGAGGCAGACGAAGACGCUAAUAAUAACAAACAAAACAAUAACGACAGCAAUAGCACUAGCAGCAGCGCAGGCGUUGUCAACAACAAGCGACGUCAAAAUCGCCAGCAACAACACCAACAACAACAGCAACAGCGAACAGCAGCAGCAGAGCAGCAACAGCAGCAGCAGCAAGACACGCCUAUUUCAUUAAGCCCCGAAGACAAGGAGAACUUUUGCCGUCAGCUGCAAUUACUAGAUGCCAAUUCGGCGGCAAUAGCUGUUGCCACAAGCAUUGCAGAUCUUAGCCUGCCCUCGCCUGAGGCACAUGAGGGUGAGGAGCAUCUGCAGCCACCAGUGCGCAGAACAGCAAGAGCCGCAGUGGUCCAAAAGCGCAAGCAAGCGCAGAUGGCGCCAGCAGCGAAUGUGAAGCUGCCAGGCAGGCAAACAAACAAUUCGCUUAGCUCACUGACUGGCAACAUAUUCAUACCAGCGGGUGGUGCCGCUGCCGCCACACAGCAACAGCAGCAACAGAGCAGCUCCUCCUCAGCGGCAACAACCGUACGCUCCAAGAAGCAGAGGGCCACGCUGGGCAGCUCGAGCGCAAGCAGCAAAGCGGAACGCAGCAGCAGCAAAGCAGAGCCUGCAAAGAGCAACAAAAAAUCAACAACAGCUACAACACCUUCCUCGGCGGCAUCCACGACAUCCUCGUCCAGUAAGGCGGAGCGACAAAGUGGCGCCUUCUCUGACAAAAGUGCUGAUGACCAUGUAAAUAGUAGCAACCGUAGCAAGACCAUCACCAACAACAACAACAACAGAAGCGCUCACAUCAACAACAAUAAUAACCACAAUAAGCACGCUGCAGCAACAGCUACAACAACAGCCGCGACAGCAUCGUCCCACGGAGUUCAUAGCAACAGCAAUAACAGCAACUCCCAUCAUAACCACACACCCCAAAACCACAAACACCAACCACCCACAACUAAUCAUAGUCAUAAUAGUAAUAGUAACAAGCAUAAAACAAAAUCGCACCAUUCCACAACAACAACAACAGCAACACCGUCACCAGCAAACUUAUGCACCAACAACAACAAUUCCACAACACCCACAUUACAACCCAUUUUAAGCUUAACAAACACAAAAUCAAACUCAAGUAACUCAACGUACAACUCCUCAAAUCAUGCGAAUAUUCUUAGCUUUACCGAAACGGAGGAAGUGCUACAAAUCGGCAUGCAUAAGGUGCUCGUGUACGUUAAGAAUCAUCGGGAUGCAUGGCCCUUUAUGGAUCCCGUUGAGGAGGAGGACAUUGCGCCACGCUAUUAUUCCAUUAUACGCAGGCCCAUGGAUUUGCUUAAAAUGGAGGACAAGCUGGACAGUGGAGAGUAUCAGAAGUUUAGUGAAUUUCGCAACGACUUUCGCUUAAUUGUAAACAACUGUCGACUAUACAAUGGGCACAAUAACGAGUAUACGGAAAUGGUUAACAAUCUGCAGUAUGCCUUUGAAAGAGCAACAAAGAAGUAUUUUGAAAAUCUCUCCGAUGACGAAGACGAUGAUCCGAAUUUAAGUUACCCCGCAGCAGACUCUAAAAUGAAUGUGUUUCGCGAGAAGUAUUUUAAUAAAAAGGCGAGGGAUGAAGAGAGAGAUGCCUUAAGCGCUGUAGUCGCCUUAAAACGGCGUCAAAACAGCCUCGCAGACGAAGAGCUGGACGACAGCGACUCUGAAGCUUCACAGCAUGUGCAAAAAGGCAAGCGCAAAGAGAAAGAUAAGCGGCGUAAAAAGAAAACUAAAAGCAAAGCAAACAGAAACGAAGACUUGGAUACGGAUGAGGAGGAUUUUGAGCGGAAAACAACACCGCCUGCAGCACCUGCGUUGCUUCCAUCGUCAGCAACAAGCAAAACGAGUAAAAUCAGCAAAGCAAGCAAAGACGCUGAUAAGGAGAAGGAUAAACAGUUAACAGCUACUGGCAAGCGCGGACGAAAGCUUAAAACUGAAAAGCCCACACCUGCUGUCAAAUCCAACAAAGCUCAGCAGCUAAAGACCAAAAAGUUGGAUAAGAAAACCUCGGAACCAGGGUCGGAGCUUAGUGAAUCUUUAAGCAGCGAUGAGUCCGACGAUGAAGACGAGCUGGCGUUGGCGAAAGUUAAGUCGCUGGUAAAGCCCACAGCACGCACCAUUGCUGCCCAAAAAAAGAAAAUGGUGCCGGCAGAGUCCAAGGUGAAAGCACCAACACCUGUCAAGCAGCGUCCAGCAAAGAGUAAGAAGGUGGGACGUCCGCGCGCGAAAACGGAACGCAAGUCGGUAGAUGUCGAUGCGGAAAGCUCAUUUUCAGAAACGGAGGUGAAAAAGCAAUUAAAACCCAUUGCAACAGCAGCAUUAGUGGACUCUGCUUCAGAUAUGGAGGAGGAUGUAACGUUGCGUAAACUAAACGGCGAUGACGACGACGAUGAUGAUGAUCGCUCCAGAUCUCGUAGCAUGUCACCGUUUAAGGUUGAUCUCCACAAAAAAUACUCGAAAAGUGCACUUAAUGAUGAUCUCUCCGAGCUGCUGACUACCGUCAAGAAGGUGAACAGCGCCGAGACCACAAAGCUCAGUGCUCGCCAUGAGCACUCUGAUGCUGACUCUGAAGCGGAUUUCAAGUCCUUGCCCAGCAGCAGCUCCGAUGAGCUAGUAAAACCUCCAACGUCUCAUACAAAGAAACGUGGGAAGCAACCAGAGGCACCAGCGGUCAAAAAGGACAAAGAGAAGGACAAGAAGCGCAGUCAUGACAAAGAAAAAGACAAAGACAAGGAGAAGGGAAAGGAAAAAGACAAAGGAAAGGAAAAGGACACGGGGAAGGAAAAGGAUAAGGAUAAGGACAACGAAAAGGACAAGGAAAAGUUGCUCAGUGCAAAUUCCAAGAAUAGCACUGUUGGGCCCGAUGCUCCUGACGUUCCUGAUGUACCUGAUGUUCCUGGUCUCCCUGCUCUAUCGGAACUUGCAAUGCUUAUCCCCUUCAUGGACAAAUAUGAUGUCAUCAAGUUUCGACGCGCUCUUGCGGCCCAAGGCAACUCCAGCGCCACAGCUUCGUUGGCGCCCUCCGAGGACUCCAAGUCAGCGAGCACCAAGAACGCAGGUAAUUUGAAAAAGAAGCGCGAAAAGACACCAGAGCCACCGCCCGCAGAGCAAAAACGUGGACGCCAGAGUAAAGAGCAGAAGCGCAGUAAGGAUACGAGUGCAGAAAAACCAGCCAAACCGGAAAAGUCAGCCAAGGUUGAAAAAACCGCCAAGGUGGAAAAGUCAGUCAAGCUGGACAAGCCUGCCAAGGUGGAAAAGUCUGCCAAAGUGGAAAAGUCUGUCAAGGUGGAAAAGUCUACCAAAGUGGAAAAGUCUGCCAAAGUGGAAAAGUCCGGCAAAGAAGAAAAGUCAGUCAAGGUGGAAAAAUCAGCCAAGGUGGACAAGCCUAGCAAAUUGGUCGAGAAGCCUGCAGAGAAAUCAAAGAAAGUGGAAGCACCAAAAUCUGUCGAGAAACCACCGCGAAUAUUGACACCGCCACCAACGCCACUGCCAGCGCCGAUAUCCAAAGCAAACGCUGGCAGCAAGGAUACGUCGAGCAAGUCAAGCAAUAGCAAAGAAGCCACACUCAAGGCCAACAAUAAAAAACGUGCUGACAAGCAAAUGCCGCCACCGCCUAAGCCCGCCGAUAAGCCCAGCGAUAGAAGCACGGGCAACAAGAAACUGACUGGCAAAAAGGCGGCAAUGGCUGCACAAAAAGCUGGUCAAAACGCACCCAACAACAAUACCAACAUGGAAGCAUUGGAUGUGGAAACGGAGCAGACGUUAAAAGAUAUAAAUCGCUGGCUGGAGCACACCCCACGCUUUCCAGAGUUCAGCUCGGCCAGCAAUUCGCCCUCGCGCUAUAAUUUGUUGGAUGAUUUUGAUUCGAAAAUGGAUGGAUCGGACUUUAGGCGACCCGUACCGCUGGCAGCGCCGAAGGCGGAACUAGUGCCUACCAAGCUGGCGGACGCACUCAACGAGCUGGUCAGCGAUGGCAAGCCCAGCGGCAAUAAGUUGGAAACGGAUGCGCCACCCACGGCAAGCAGCGUUAGCAGCAGCUGUGGCACACCGCCCCAUUCCAUGCACUCGAGCAACUCCAUUGGCAGCACCUUCGCAACAGCUGCCAGUUCUAGUUCCGCCAGCUCCAAUAUAGCCUUGCAGCCAGCGCCAUCCACGCCACCAGUGUUAACUCCAACGCUUGCUCCGCUGCCUGUAAAAUCUAAGGAGCCGGGCACCACACAGUUGUUGCUUAAUCCUCCACCACCGCCGCAUAUCAAACAGCAGAUGGCAAAGGAGGCGAAACGCAAGUCGCUUAAGGAGAAACUGGCGGCCAAUGCGCAGGCGCAGCAGGCCAAGACCAAGGCGAAUGUAAUGCGCACCAUUGAGCGACUGCAGCCGGGCAAGGCCAAGGGAAAUCUGCUGCAUAAUGUGGGCAAGACCGAAGAAACCGAAGCGGCGCUCUGUCCCGUGGCCAUCAAGACCAAGGAACUUAAAAAUGCGCUUAUUACGGAGACUUGCGAGGGCGCGCCCAAGCUAAGCCUGGGCACGGUCAUCAAGACGCAAGACUUUGCGCUGGGUAAAACGCUGGAAGAGCUAGCAGGCAAAAAGUUGUCAGAGGAGACAGACGACAAUGCCAACGAAGACAGCAAUAGCAAUGCAGAUGAGCCCGCGACUGCCUUCACGCCCACCAAAGACACAAAAUCGAAGCCUUUUGAGGCAUUGUUGGAGCUAAGCAAACCCAGCAAGAGCAGCGAAGCCAGCGCAGCAGCCUCUGAGGCCAAGGAGAAACCAAAUCUAAGCGCCUGGCUAAAAGCAUUUGGUGGUCCUAAAGUGAGCAAAAAGUCCGAAGAUGAGGAAAAGCAAGUGCCGCUGCCAACCUUUGGUAUUCAGGAAGAUGCGCGCGUAGCGCCACCCGCGCACUCACCCGCUACCGGUGACAACUUCUCCUUGCCCGCUGUGAUGCGUACGCGAAAGCCCAGCACGGGCAGCACAAACUCGGAGCGCAGCUCCUUCAGUCAGGAUCCUGAUUCGCCGCGCAUUGCUAUUGAUGAACGCUAUGGCAACUAUGCGGCUGGCUCGUAUACUUCGCCACUGGGUGCCUCGCCUAUUGGCGCCUCACCCAUCAUGGUAUCGCCUAAGCCCAACGACGACAUGGGCAAGCCCGCCUCGCCGUAUACGCUGAAUGGCGCUAUCAAGGUAGGAUUUUAUCAGGACACCACCACCAAGAGCAGUCCGGACAAGAGCUGCAGUCCGCGCGAAAUGAACUCGCCCUACCCGCAAUACUCGCAGCAUAUUUACUCCUCGCAAUCGUCGCCAAAUGUUUCCACGCCCGAGCUGAGCGGCACCUCGCCCUAUGGCGGUGGCAAUAGCUACAAUCCCUCUGGCUCUGAGGCAUCCAAGACACCCGUUUACUCCUCUACCUCGCCGUUGCCCAUUUACGACCAGUACAAGCAGCCGCGCUCCCAAGAAUCCGAUUACAACUCCUCCAUGAGCCCGAGCACACCCAAUCCGCAUUCUCCCUAUCAGCAGCCACAGAGCUCCCCCUACACCACGCCACACUCCACUCAUCCCUCACCCUAUCACGGUCAAUCGCCGUACCAUCAGCAGCAGCUCUCGCCCUACCAUCAAGCGGCACAGCAGCAACAGCAACAACAAUCUCAGCAGCCAAUGCACAGUCCGGCUGCAAGUCAGCAACAGGCGUUGAGUCCCAUGCCCAGCAGUGUAGACUCACCCGCAUCCUCGGCAGCCACGCAGCCCCCAACACCGUUGGCGCAGUCGCCUGCAGAGCAGCAACAUUCGCCCUACCAGCAGCCCGUGCUGUCGCCGUAUCAGCAGCAGCCGCAGCCACAGACACAGCAGCAACAGACGCCGUCAGUAGUGCCGACAGUUGCACAAGCAGCAACACCGGUGGUGCCGGCAACAGCAGCAAUGAGUACCAAUACUUAUGCGCCCACUCACGACAGCUAUCAGCAGCAGCAACAGCAGCAACGUGCGCUUUACAAUCCAGCUACGCUUAUCAAUCCGUUGCCACCAGCAGUUGUGUCGCCAGCAGUUGCGACUGUAGCCAAACCUAAUAGUCAGGAAUGGAAUAUAAAUCAAAGUCUGUUGCCGCUUGGCAGCAAUCAGCCAAUGCCGCAACAGCAGCAGCAGCAGCAACAACAACAACCGCAGCAGCCGCUGCAACAACAACAACAGCAUCAGCAGCAGCAACAACAGCAACAUCAGCAGCAUCAUUAUCCAGGCAAGCCCAAGUAUCCAACUUAUGCGCAAUAUCAGUCAACAAAUGCAGCAGCGAGUGCUGCAGCUGCUGCUGAUGCAGUAGACAACCAACAGCAGGCACAGCAGCAGCAGCAGCAGCAACCAAAAAUAUUGCCCCCCAGCUAUGGCAGCGACAUGGCAACAUUUAUGCAACAUCAAAUGCAGCAGCCGCCCAAGACUGAUACAUUAAUUAAUCCGCUAAAGCGUCCCAGCGAAGAGCUGGGCAUGGACUAUAGCGGCGCUGCUGUUAACAAGCAAGCUAAGCUUGAUGGUAAUUUGCCACAGCAGCAGCAGCAGCAGCAAACAUCGCCACAACAGCAGCAACCAUCGCCCCAACAACAGCAGCAAACGCAGGCUCAAACACUUAUUAACAAGCAACAGCAAAUGUUUAAUAGCUUUUUGGGCUCCAUGGCAUUUGGCAAACAGCUGGGCAACAUAGCGCCAGACAAAGCCUUUGAGAUGUACAAUCGUGCAGCUGCCAUGGGCUUUCCCAAAGAUUUUGCCAAGGACAAUAGCGCGUGCAAUAUGCAAACGCAACAACAACAGGCCGCCGCCAGCAAGCCGCAAAGCAAUCAACAGCCACAGCAGCAAGCACAGCCACAUCUUACACAACUGCAACCGCCACAUAGUGCAAACUAUCAGCAACAGCAGCAGCCGCCGCCGCAGCAUCAGCAACAACAACAACAACCAAAGAUGCCGCUACAACAACAACAACAGCAGCAGCAGCAGCAGCAGCAGCAACAACAGCAGGCAGCAGUGCACAAAACGCUUAAUUAUGGCAGCAAUAAUAAUCUACAGCAGCCACAAGUAGCGCAGCAACAACAACAGCAGCAACACCAACAGCAGCAGCAGCCACAGCAAGCGCCACACAACGCCUAUCAAGCGCAGCUCAAUCACAACUACACUCCUGCCGCACAGCAGCAGCAGCAGCAACAACAACAGCCACAAGCUGAAAAAACAACAGCCGCAGCAGCAGCAGCAGCAGCAGCAGCAGCAGUUGUGCCGGCCAGCAGCGACAACAGCAACAUGUUGCAUCUAUCCUCCAGUGCAGCGCAUCAGCAUCACCUGAGUCAGACGCACCACUUGGCAGCCUACAACAAAUCGACGCCGCCACCGCCCCAAACCUACAACAAUCCGCUAAUGCAUUCGCUGACCGAGUCGCUGCUGGGCUAUCGAGGCAGCUACUUUGACAAGACUAUGCCGCCAGCAGCGCACAUGUAUAGCGUCUCCAGUGCAGCGAAUGCAGCCAGUGUGUAUGGCAAUCCAGCCCAACAGCUGCCUGGCAACUAUGUGCCUGGCGGCAGCAAUGCUACGGCCCAGCAACAGCAGCAGCAACAAGUGACAGCGCAGCAGCAACCACAACAACAACAAUCAGCUGUGCCAGCCGCGCCAGCAGAAGCUAAGGCGCCUGCCAAGCGUGGACGCAAAAAGAAAGCCUCCACCAUAGCAGCGGAGGCAGCUGCUGCAGCUGCCAAGCAACAGCAACAACAACAACAUCAUCAACAGCAGCAAGCUGCAGCACAGCAGCAGCAGCAGCAGCAUCAACAACAGCAGCAACAAACUCAGCAGCAGCAACAGCAGUCCAUGCCACAGUACAAUAUGCCACAAAUGCCUUCAGUUGCGGCUGCUGCCGCAAGCUCAGCAGCGCAUCAAUUGCAAGCACAUGCACAGGUGCUGCAUCAAGGCUUCCAAUUGUAUGCUGGACUCAAGUCUGGCGGCGUCUCAUCUCCAUCCGCUGGCACAGCACCAACAGCAACUACCUCCGCAGUGGGCACAACGGGCAGCAAUCAAGCGGUCGCCGAUGCUGCUGCCAUUUCGCUGAAGACUUCAACCGGCGGCAUGGUGCCGGGCAGUGCCUUCAACUUUGCACCCACGCCCAGUGCACUUGGCUUGUACGGCGAUCAAUCAGCGGCGAGCAGCUACUUGGAUCAGUUCCGUGACGCACCAAAUCCAUACUAUAUGCCGCCAGCGCCGGCACACAGUGGGGCCACAGCAAAUGCCGCAGGCAAUGCAGCGGAUAAGUCGCAAAAUCCGCUCAACGCAGCAGCGGGCUCAUAUCAGUUCUUGGCAGCUGCACAUCCACGUGCGGCAGCUGCAGCAGCGGCGUAUCCAUUUGCCACCUCGCAGUUGGAUGCCAACUCGCAGCUGUAUCAGCAGUAUCUGCGUCGCGAUGAUUUCCAUGCGCGUAUGAUUUUCAAUCAGAGUCUGUUGGGUGGCUCUGCUGCAGCUGCUGCCGCUGCCGGCUAUGGUCAGCCGCCGCCACCGCCGUCUGCGUAUCGACCCUCGGCCUUGGGCAUGCCCAAGCCGUACGAUAUUAACAGGCAGUCAUGGUUUUAGCAGUACGCCAGUGCCGCCAACGUGGACCUGCAAGGAGAUGAUCUAAAUGCGACGUCUACGGCGGCGGCGAGGGCGACGACGGUGGCGGUGGCGGCCAAUGGUGUGUCAGUUGGCGCGGUGGCAGCAACAGCAGCUAGCGCCAAUACCAUGCACCACAUGUAGAAAGAGGAAGAGGCAGAGGGAGAGAGCGAGAGCGAUUGGUUUCAAAUCAAGUUUUCAGCGUAUGCUAAGGCCAACUGGGUCUUCUCGUUUUAAGUUUCUUUUGGCACUGAUAUUACCUACACACAUACAGGCUAGACUCGAAUUCUAGUUUAAGAGAUAAGCAAUUCUUAUGUGCGCACCCAAUUCAAAUCGAUUUUAGCGCCUUACCGUUGUGCAAUGCUUUUCGACUACAGCCCAGGACCUUGGCACAACAUACAUUAAUUUUGUAGCUUUUAGUCGUGCUUACUUUAAGUAUUUGUUUAUGGCAGUCUAUUGUGUGAAGAAGGACAUAACUGUAAUUUAAUUUAGAACAAGAUACAAAGUUUUGAAAUUAUUCAAAGAAUUCGUUUCAACAACUUCAGACUAUAA